GUAGCGAAAAAAAACGAAUACAUACAUUUUUCAGUAUCGAUUGGAAUAACACGUACGUGUGCUCCAAGCUGAAAAAUAUAAAAAGUUUAAUUAAAUAAAAUUUUCUUUUGAAAAAGUUCAAGUAAAAAAAAAAUAUAUUAAAAAAUGGGUGAUCAACGAGGAACGCGUGUGUAUGUGGGAAAUUUAACUGAUAAAAUUAAGAAAGACGAUUUAGAAGGAGAAUUCACAAAAUAUGGUAAAUUAAAUUCAGUAUGGAUUGCAUUUAAUCCACCAGGUUUUGCAUUCGUCGAAUUCGAACAUCGUGACGAUGCCCAAAAGGCAUGUGAUGUUUUGAACGGCACCGAAUUAUUGGGCUCCCAAUUAAGAGUGGAAAUCAGCAAGGGACGCCCACGUCAAGGUGGUAGACGCCAAGGAGGUGGCGGUGGUAGAGGAGGCGGCGGCGGUGAUAGACGCCGUGAUGGCGGUGGCUUCGGUGGACGUCGUAAUGGAGGAGGUGGUGGUGGCGGCGGUGGCUUUAGACCACGCAACUCAAGCGGCGGCCGUUAUCCCGACCGUGGUUAUGGCGGUUCGGGUGGUGGUGGUGGCCGUUCCGGCGGCGGUGGCGGUUAUGGACGCGAUGGCUAUGGUAGCUCUAGUGGUGGCCGUUCCGGCGGUGGUGGCUAUGGACGUGAUGGUGGCAGUUCGGGUGGCUUCAGUCGUCGUGAUUCAUAUGGCCGUGAUGGUGGCAGUUCAGGAGGUCGCUCCUUCGGUGGCCAAGGUGGUGGCGGUGGUCGUUUUAGAUCACGUUCGCCCAUGGGACGUUUUUAAAUCAAAAAAUAUCUUAUACAAUUAUCUACAAUUUUAACGAAAAAGUUAAUAACAAGUAAGCUUCGAUAUAUACAUAUAGAAAUAACUACGUUAAGCUGCGUUUAGUAAAAAAAAUCUGAAAAUUUUGUAGAAAAUUGCAAAUAUGUAUGAACGUAAUAUAUAUAUAUAGUACUCUAUUCUACUUUUUAAGGCGAAAUUUUUCACCCCCCAGAAAAUUUCGUUUCUAGUGUCGUAAGUCAUAAUUUUAAUUUAAAAUUUCCUCUAAAAAUGAAAAACAACAAAAAAUAUCUACUCGUUAACUACCAUUUUGCAGAAAUUCGUAAAAAACAAAAGAAUUUGUCAUAAAUUAACAAAAACACAAGGCAAAAAAACAAAUUUGAGAGAGCUAAGGCAAAUCUUUUUUGAAAACAAAACACAAAAAGAGCGACAAAACGUUUUAGUCAAAAACAAAAUGGCAGCAAAAAUGAUAAAAGAGAGAUGAUUUUUAAAAAAUUGUAUUUAUAUUUUUACACUUAAAAACAACGUUUAAAUUUAAGUUAUUUUUCCCUACAAACAAACAAAAAUUCUACAUAAUCAUUACUUUUUCACUCAAAAAUUUAUUAAAGAAAAAUUAUAACUACGUAAUACUACGCUAAGUUUAUACGUCUGUCUAUACUGCAAGAAAGAAAAAUAAGAGAAACCAGAUAAUUAAAAAAAAAAAAACAAAAAGAAAUUUUUAGCAAAAAAAAACAAAUUAAAAAGAAAAAACAGAAUUGAUGUGUAAUCUCAUUUAAAUGAUUAAAACAAAAACAUGAAUUAACUACUACUCGUACUAUUUCUGUAACAAUUACACAGUAUUCCACAAAAAAAGCAAGAAAAAUAUGAACAAAAAAACAUACAAAAACAAAAAUUUA